CCCAAUGAAAUUCUAGAUUGCUGUUACCAGGAAGCAGAAGACGCUGGAGAACAGUUAAGCUAUCCAUGGAUGUACAUCCAUGAGUAUAUCAUUUAUACUAAUUAUUACUUGAGAACAGACGGAUUAAUGCGCGGGUUAAUCAUAAAUGAUAUUUUUCGCAACUGUCGGUCUUAGCAUAGCAAAGCUAGAAGCUAACGUCCCCUUACAACGGGGAGAGUUACCGCUAACUAAGCUGACUUGUUAACUUGCUACAGUAUUAAUAGUAUUAGUACAGAAUAACAGCACGAACGUCGCCUGAUAAAUCGUAUAUUACCUAGCUCUCUGAUUACCCGUUUCGUCUUGAAAUAUGGCAAAUACCGUGUUAGAAGUCGGCACGGGCGUUUUUGUCAUUGCGGUCGUGUGGAUUGCGGCUCUUGUGUUUGGGAUGAUCCUGCUGAGAGCAUCCGGAUCGGCGAAGCUGGGAGUUAUUCCUGUUUUCCUCCUGGCUCUCAGCAUCACUUUGGGGCUGGUGUUUUUCCCUCGCAGCCCAGAGACAACCCCCCCUUUCAAAGAGACAGAGAUAGUGGACACUUUGUUCAUCGGCCGCUAUGUACUGCUGGCUGUGGCGAGCGCAGUCUUCCUGGUGGUGUUCUUCAUGCUGCUCCCCUUUCAUUUCCUGGAGCCAGUCUAUGCCAAGGCUUUAAAAACACAGUAGAGUUGCCAGGUUCAGAGCUGGUGCUGGGAUCACAUCACUGAUGUACACAACUUAAGACAAGCAGGGCUGACAAGAGGCCCCCCGUCAUGUGGACACAGACUACAGAGUGCAUCCUAAACAGAAACAGAAGGACAGCCGGUGUUUUCUUCAUGGCCAACUGUAACUGUUUGUAGGUUGUUGACUGUUUAUGUACAACCAGCAGAAAUGAGAUAUCAGGUUAUGUAUUUAUAUUGUUUUAUGCUUAAACAUGAGAUGAAGAAGUCUUUUAUUCAUUUUUUUUUAUAUAUGGUUUUUGUAUAUGGUUCUACAGUAAUUCCUAGUCAACCAGCGCUGAAACACUUUCUCCACCUUUUAUAAAGAAAUCAAAUUCCACACAUUCCACACUGAUUUGUCUUAUUUUUAUUACUGACUCUUCUAAUAUGUUGAUUCCUGAAGUACUGAAGUACUAGCUGAGGUCUAAAAUGUUACUGACAGUACAUGACACACGUUCAACUCAGGAUGUCCCAGUGCACAGAGUGAAAGUACAGUCAUAAAUGUAUGUCUCAUUUGCAGCUGUUUGCAGCCUGGAGAUUUAUGGCCCUUCAAGAUUGACUAAUAAACAGUGUUGUUAUAUGUUUUAGUUGUCAAGACUUAAUACAUUUUGCAUGGAGCGGAAAUGAAAUAGAUAAUAGAUGCAGAUGAAAAUUUGCAUUAAGCAAAGUCUGAUACAAUACAUCAAAUGGCAACAUUAAUUUUGUACAUGGUCAUUUACAAAAUUAAAUAAAUUCAACAUGAGAAGCCGAUUUUAGUUGAAAAUCUCAUGUACUGCUUCUCCAGAUUUUUCUGUACUGAAAAGCUGAAUACAAGCUGAAGACUAACCAGUAGUGUAGAGUGAGGUUGUCUGAUAUUAUCCUGCAUGAAGAAAAUGUCAUUUUUACCAUUACUAUCAAAUAGGGAUCAAAUUGUUCAUGGUGUAGUGAUAUUCACACAUUAAUUUAAAAUCAGUGGAAGUGGAAGUUGGUUCAAGUUGUGUACAUUACUGUUGAAUUUUGAUUGGUGCCGGUAUCUUGGUGAAUUAUUUGCACUUUUCUGAGGUGAAUAUUCUUUUUAAAGUGAAUCAACCUCUUUCUCUGGCCAGCAGUUAAACCUGUUCACGUAACUGGUUCAUUACCAUCACUUGUGGAGUUUUCUCACUCAUCAUCUUGUUGACUGUGUAUACAUGUUUAUGAUCAACCCCUGGUGACCAUUCAGUUUAUUACAUGGACUAGCUUUUGCUUUCUUGACAACAGUUAAAUAAGAAGAUUGGUACAACUAUUUUUGUACGAAAUUUAUGACUAGCUGGCUUCCAAACAUUACAGAAUCCGCCUA